GUUUCUUGUGUCUGGGAGGAUCUGGUUUGUCACCGAGGACACGAUGGGGAAAAUUUCGGGUUCUCCGGAACCGGGAGCCCGACCCGACCCGGUUCGGAGCUUUAAUCGUUGGAAGAAGAAACAUAGCUAUAAGCAGCACCAAAAGAAGCAGCUGAGGAAGCAGCUGAAGAAGCCCGAGUGGCAGGUUGAGCGCGAGGUUAUCAGCCGCCUCACGCAAAACUAUGAGAAGAUAAAUGUAAAUGAAAUUACAAGAUUUUCGGAUUUCCCUUUGUCCAAAAAAACAUUGAAGGGUUUACAGGAAGCCCAGUACCGUUUGGUAACAGAGAUACAGAAACAGACCAUUGGAUUGGCUCUGCAAGGGAAAGAUGUGCUUGGAGCUGCCAAAACUGGAUCUGGCAAAACUUUGGCUUUCCUUGUUCCAGUGCUGGAAGCCUUAUACCGUCUGCAGUGGACCUCAGCAGAUGGCCUGGGAGUUCUGAUAAUAUCACCUACGAGAGAACUGGCCUAUCAGACCUUUGAGGUUCUCCGCAAAGUAGGGAAAAAUCACGACUUCUCAGCUGGUCUUGUCAUUGGUGGAAAGGAUCUGAAACAUGAAGCUGAAAGGAUCAAUAAUAUAAAUAUUCUAGUUUGCACACCUGGUCGACUUCUGCAGCAUAUGGACGAAACAGUAUGUUUCCAUGCUACCAAUCUCCAGAUUUUAGUUCUUGAUGAAGCAGAUAGAAUCUUGGAUAUGGGAUUUGCUGACACCGUGAAUGCUAUCAUCGAAAAUCUUCCUCAGGAACGCCAGACUUUGCUUUUCUCAGCAACACAGACCAAAUCUGUGAAGGACCUUGCACGCUUGAGCUUGAAAAACCCCGAGUAUGUCUGGGUUCAUGAGAAAGCAAAAUACAGCACUCCUGCCACUUUGGAACAGAACUACAUAGUUUGUGAGCUGCAGCAAAAAAUAAGCGUGCUGUAUUCUUUUAUGAGAAGCCAUCUGAAGAAGAAGAGUAUUGUAUUUUUCUCCAGCUGUAAAGAGGUUCAGUAUCUGUACCGAGUGUUCUGCCGGCUACGUCCUGGUAUUUCUCUUCUUGCCCUCCACGGUCGACAGCAGCAGAUGAGAAGAAUGGAAGUUUAUAAUGAAUUUGUCCGCAAGAGAGCUGCAAUACUCUUUGCUACAGAUAUUGCAGCCAGAGGACUGGAUUUCCCAGCUGUGAAUUGGGUUCUUCAGUUUGAUUGUCCAGAAGAUGCCAACACGUAUAUCCACAGAGCCGGCCGAACUGCCAGGUACAAAGAAGAUGGGGAAGCUUUAUUAAUUUUGCUUCCCUCAGAAGAAAAAGGGAUGGUGCAGCAACUGCUUCAGAAGAAGGUGCCUGUGAAAGAAAUCAAAAUCAAUCCGGAAAAACUUAUAGAUAUCCAGAAAAAAUUGGAAUCACUUCUAGCCCAAGAUCGAGAUUUAAAAGAAAGAGCACAGAGGUGUUUUGUCUCCUACAUACGUUCAGUAUAUCUGAUGAAGGAUAAAGAAGUAUUUGAUGUGAGCAAACUGCCACUACCUGAAUAUGCUGUAUCUCUUGGUCUGGCUGUGGCACCACGAGUAAGAUUCCUUCAGAAAAUGCAGAAACAACCCACCAAAGACUUGUCAACGAGCCAAACCAAGAAGGAAAUUAAGGCAAGGGCUCCCUCCCUCACCACUGAUGAAGUAGAGGAAUUUAGAGCCUAUUUCAAUGAGAAAAUGUCCAUCCUUCAGAAAGGUGGGAAAAAAUUAGAAGAGACAGACGACAGACUGGGUAGUGGUACUAGUGAUGAGGAAGAAGAAGAAGAAGAAAAAAAAGAAGAAAAAGAAGAAGAAGAAGAGAAGGAAGAUGAGGAAGUAGAAGAGAAAGUGGAGAAAUUGGAAGGUUCUCAAACGGUUUCAAACACUGCUGAGGAACAGAAGAUCAAGGAAGCCCCUCUGCAGUUCAUGGACAGAGUUGAGGAGGAUGAUGAUGAACCUGAUGCUGAUUUCUUUAAGGUGAAGUACAAUGUGUUUGGAUUGGACCUUACAGAGAAUAAAGAAUUAGAGAAAAAAGAACCUUCUAAAUCCAGUGUCAAGAAGAAAGUGACCAAAGUUGCAGAAGCCAAAAAAGUAAUGAAGAGAAAUUUUAAAGUGAAUAAGAAGAUAACAUUUACUGAUGAAGGGGAGUUGGUUCAGCAGUGGCCACCAAUGCAGAAAUCUGUUGCAAAUAACAAUGAGGAAGAGAAUGAUACUGGUGGUAUCAACUUGGAUAAAGCAAAGGAAAGACUUCAGGAGGAGGACAAAUUUGACAAAGAAGAAUAUAGAAAGAAAAUUAAGGCAAAACAUCGGGAGAAAAGACUGAAAGAAAGGGAAGCCAGAAGAGAAGCCAACAAGAGACAAGUAAAGACCAAAGACGAAGAGGAAGCCUUUCUGGACUGGAGUGAUGAUGAUGAUGAUGGAUUUGACCCCAGCACACUUCCAGAUCCUGAUAAGCUCAGAAGCUCUGAAGAUUCGGAUAGUGAAGAUACAGAAAAUAGUAUCAGUGAUACCAAGAAGCAGCAGGGAAUGAAGAAAAGGAACAGCAGUGACAUAGAAGAUGACGCAGGAUCACCAAGUCACAGUCGAAAGAAGGCCAAGUGGGAGAGCUUACAACCUUUGGAUACAGGCCUGUCUUUAGCAGAGGAUGAAGAGCUGGUGCUGCACCUUCUCAAAAGUCAAAGCUAGAUACUUCCUGCCUUUGUCUUCUCCUU